AUGGGCUCACCUCUGUCACCUAUUAUGGCUGAUCUAGUGUUGCAGGAUUUCGAGGACAAAGCGCUGAAAGCAUUAAAGUUCGAAAUUCCGAUUUAUUAUCGAUAUGUAGAUGAUAUCCUGUUAUCUGUACCCUUGACAAUAACCACUGAAACUGUCAACAUGUUUAACAGCUUCCAUUUGAGACUUCAGUUCACUUUAGAACGUGAAAAAGACCGUUGUAUCAGCUUUUUGGACCUUUUGUUGAGAAUAACGAAUAACAAGGUCAUAAUUGAUUGGUUCCAUAAAGAUACGUUUUCGGAAAGAUAUUUGUCGUUUUUCUCGCAUCACCCUCGAUGUCACAAAAUAGGAACAAUCUGUACUCUAAUAGAUAAAGCAAUUAUGUUGUCAAAUCUAUCUUUUUGGCAAAAGAAUCUAGAAUUUUGCAUCAAUAUAUUACUGGACAACGGUUAUUCAUUAGAUCUUGUUUUGCAUGAAAUUAAUAACAGACUUAAGGAACAUUUCAAUAAUCAAGUGGAACUUACAGAUUCUCAAAAUAAUCAAGCUAAAACUGAAAGUCAGCGCAUAAAGAAAAAAUAA